AAACAGUACAAGCGGUCGACAAUAGAGCGAAGGUGCGUUAACCGGCGACUGCGGGAAAGAGCGACGCUCACCACAGAAACCGUAUUUGAAAGCCCAGUUUCGGGGUGUAACAGAUUUACUUUUAUUUCAGCGUCGGAUAAGAAGCCCGUUUGAGUGGAUAAAACCGAACCAGCGAGGAGAAAGGCGGAUUGUUUCUAGAUUUAGUCGGGAUUUGAGAAUGUCGGGGAGCCGAGAGGAGGAGCGGCGGAAACUCGCCGACAUCAUCAACCACUGGAACGCCAACCGGCUCGACCUGUUCGAGAUCAGUCAACCGACCGAGGACUUGGAGUUCCAUGGCGUGAUGCGUUUUUACUUCCAGGAUCGAGUGGCGGGGAACUUUGCCACAAAGUGUAUCCGAGUGUCCAGCACGGCGACCACGCAGGAUGUGAUCGAGACGCUGGCCGAAAAGUUCAGACCGGAUAUGAGGAUGCUGUCUUCUCCCAAAUAUUCCCUGUAUGAGGUCCACGUCAGUGGCGAAGAGAGGAAACUGGACUUGGACGAGAAACCGCUGGUCGUACAGCUGAACUGGAACAAAGACGACAGAGAGGGCCGCUUCGUACUCAAGAACGAGAACGACAUCAUGCCCAAGAGAACACUUACAAAUGGCCCUGAGAAAGAGAAGGAGGGGGUGAUCCAGAACUUCAAAAGAACACUGUCCAAGAAGGAGAAGAAGAAAGAGAAGAAGAGGGAGAAGGAGGCCUUUUCCAGAAUUCCAGAUGGAGACGAUCCCACACUGAACCGCGAGGAUGGAGAGAACUCCAGAUUGGCUGCUGAGGUAUAUAAAGACAUGCCAGAGACCAGUUUCACAAGGACCAUUUCUAACCCCGAGGUGGUGAUGAAGAGGAGACGUCAGCAGAAGCUGGAGAAGAGGAUGCAAGAAUUCCGCAGCGGAGACGGUCGACCGGACUCAGGAGGGACUCUGAGGAUCUACGCCGAUAGUCUGAAGCCAAACAUUCCCUACAAGACCAUCCUGCUCUCAACUACUGAUAUGGCUGACUUUGCUGUGGCCGAGGCUCUGGAGAAAUACGGGCUGGAAAAGGAAAAUCCCAGAGAUUACUGCAUCGCCCAGGUGAUUCAUGUAAAUGAUAAACCAGUGAAGGAGGCCAUACUGGACGACACAGAUUGCCCUCUGCAGAUCCUCAGAGACUGGACAAGCGAUAAAGAGGCCUUAGUAUUCCAGCUGAAAAAGCGUCCUCCAGACUACGCUCCAAGGAAAGGACGUAAACCCGACAACAGGAUGGGGCCGCCUCACGGAUCCAUUCCUCCAGAGAAACUGCCCUACCUGGUUGAACUGAGCCCAGGGCGAGGGAGUCACUAUGCCUACUACUACCGUCAUCAUGAAGAUGGCUCAGACUCCAGGGAUAAACCCAAACUUUACAGACUACAGCACAGCGUCACUGAGGUCGGAUCUGACCAAAGUGAAGAUGGAAACAUUCAACUGUUCGGGCCUGGGAUUCUGCCCCACCACUGUGACCUGAUGCAUGCGGACGGACUAGUGACCGUGACCCCUGUCGGUUUGGACGCUGAGACGUUUGUGGAUGGACAGCGGAUCUCUGACACUACGGUUCUGCGCAGCGGCGUGACGCUCCAGUUCGGAGCCACUCACGUCUUCAAAUUCGUAGACCCCAGCUAUGACCACAGCAUGUCCAAGAGAGACCCAGGGCCUAUGAUGAAGGGCAGACACAAAUCAGGAAGUGUCCCAGAGACGACCUUUGACCUUCACGGGGACGUUCAUAGCGGCUCCGCUCUCCCUACAAGCAAGAGCUCAGGGAAGCUGGAGAUGGAGCGCUCAGGAAACAGUGAAAGAGGCCUGGUGAAACCCAUGAUUAGAGGAGAACAGCAGGACUUUAACAAACAUGACGGAAGGUCCCAGGAUGGCCCAGAACUCAUUCUGCCGGCCAGCAUAGAGUUCAGGGAAAACUCCGAGGAUGCCUUCCUGUCUGCCAUCAUUAACUACACCAACAGCUCAACGGUGCAUUUCAAGCUGUCUCCCACCUAUGUGCUGUACAUGACCUGCCGCUACGUCAUGUCCAGCCAAUACCGGCCCGACAUCAGCCCCUCCGAGAGAACGCACAAGGUCAUCGCCAUUGUCAACAAGAUGGUGAGCAUGAUGGAAGGAGUUAUCCAGGAGAUUGCUGAAGGUGAUCAGAAACAGAAGAACAUUGCCGGGGCUCUGGCCUUCUGGAUGGCUAACGCCUCAGAGCUGCUGAACUUCAUCAAACAGGACAAGGAUCUAAGUCGCAUCACACUAGAUGCACAGGAUGUCCUCGCUCACCUGGUUCAGAUGGCUUUUAAAUACCUGGUGCACUGCUUGCAGUCGGAUCUGAAUAACUACAUGCCAGCUUUCCUGGAAGAUCCCGACGAACAAAACCCACAGAGGCCCAAGAUAGAGGACGUUCUGCACACACUAACAGGCGCCAUGUCCCUUCUGAGGCGGUGCCGUGUCAAUGCGGCCCUCACCAUUCAGCUGUUUUCCCAGCUCUUCCACUUCAUCAACAUGUGGCUCUUUAACAAGCUGGUGACGGAGGCUGACUCGGGCCUGUGCUCUCACUACUGGGGCGCCAUCCUGCGACAGCAGCUCAGCCACAUCGAGGCGUGGGCUGAGAAACAGGGUUUGGAGCUGGCCGCAGACUGCCACCUCAGUCGCAUAGUCCAGGCAACAACCCUCCUCACUAUGGACAAAUACUCCAUGCAAGAUGUGCAGAACAUCAACAACACCUGCUUCAAGCUCAACUCUCUGCAGCUCAAUGCUCUGCUGAGCAACUACCACUGCGCUCCUGAUGAACCCUACAUUCCUCCUGAGCUGAUUGAUCACGUGGUGGCUGUGGCCGAGAACACGGCGGACGAACUGGCCCGAAGUGAUGGGCGGGAAGUACAGCUUGAAGAGGACCCUGACCUCCAGCUGCCUUUCCUACUGCCUGAGGAUGGCUACUCAUGUGACGUGGUGCGGAACAUUCCCAACGGAUUCCAAGAGUUCCUAGAGCCGCUUUGCCAGAGAGGUUUUUGUCGAUUGACACCUCAUCCACGCUCUCCAGGAAAUUGGACCAUCUAUUUCGAAGGAGCUGACUGUGACAGUCACUUCUCAUCUGACACGUCAGAACUGCCAAUGCGGAAGGAACCGGAAAUUGUGACCGUGACUUUGAAGAAACACAAUGGGAUGGGCCUCAGUAUUGUGGCGGCCAAGGGUGCCGGACAGGACAAGCUUGGUAUUUACAUCAAGUCUGUUGUCAAAGGAGGUGCAGCAGACAUAGAUGGGCGUCUGGCUGCCGGAGACCAGUUGCUCAGCGUGGAUGGAAGAAGUCUGGUUGGCCUCUCGCAGGAGAGGGCGGCGGAAUUGAUGACACGAACGGGCUCUGUUGUAACGCUCGAGGUGGCCAAACAGGGAGCCAUUUACCACGGCCUGGCCACGCUCCUCAACCAGCCAUCCCCCAUGAUGUCCCGCGCAUCAGACCGUGGACGUGGAGACAAGGGAAAGUUGAGACCAAAGAGCGAGGGCUUUGAGCUCUACAACAACUCUGUGCAGAACGGCUCGCCUGAGAGCCCCCAGGGCACGUGGGACACCUAUCCUGAACCAAAGAAGGAGGACAGAUUGUUGAAGAACCGUGCAGACCACCGAUCAAGCCCAAACGUUGCUAACCAGGCCCAGAGUCCAGGCGGGAAGCCUGUUUACCCAGGAGCUCCAGGAAAGAUCACUUCGGUCUCGACUGGUAACCUCUGCCCUGACGAGGAGCCCUCUCCACCCCAUCCAGAGGCGUAUCCCAUCCCCACUCAGACAUACCCAAGGGAAUACUUCACCUUCCCAGCCUCCAAAUCUCAGGAUAGGAUGGGCCCUGGCCAGCCCUGGCAAAACAAUGAACCGGAGCCUCUCCCCCCUAUGGAUAACCACUCUAAUAACAGCAUGGCUAUGCAGCGGGUGGCGCGCUCUCAGGAGGAGCUGUGCGAGAUGCCGGGUGGGUACCCAGGAGAACGCCUGCGCCAGGAAGACCUGAUGCACCUGCAGCAGCGUGAUGCCGAGUACCAGCGAGGCAGUGGGGAGCACUGGAACCACCAGACGUCCUCUUCGGUGGAGUCCAGCACCUCCAGCCAAGAGCACCUCAACUACUCGUCGUCUUCCGGUUCCAGGAUCCAAGGCAACCACAAGACCGGCCCUGGCCGCUGGAAGACCCCGAUAGCACCCCACUCCGGCCCCGUGGGCAUCUCCCAACCUUCCCGUUCAGAUCUUCCACCUCCUCCUCCUCCUCCUGUGCACUACGACUAUGAGCCACAAACCAACCUGCCGCUCCCUCCACCGCCCUCCGUUACGCAGCAACAGGCAGCGGCCGCCGCAGCCAUGGCUGACCGCAAGAAACGUGAGGAGCAACAGCGCUGGUAUGAGAAGGAAAAAGCUCGGCUUGAAGAAGAGCGAGAGAGAAAGAGAAGAGACCAGGAGAGGAAGCUGGUGCAAAUUCGCAACCCUCCCGGCCCAGUCAUGCACAACAACCAGCACGGCCCAUUGCCGCCCGCCCCUCAGCACCAACAGAUGCCCCAUCCACAGCCCCCCAUGCAGGUGCCCCAACAGUACCUUCCCCCAGUCCAGCUGCCCCAACCGCCACAGCCACAACCCGCUCGACCCGACAAGCUAUCCAGCCUUCCCCGCCAGCCGCCACAGGACACAGUAAUUCGUGACCUCUUGCCCCAGCAGCAGCCACGCACCAUCGAAAGACGUGACCUGCAAUAUAUCACCAUCAGCAAAGACGAGCUGUCCGCCAGCGACAGCCUAUCACCCGACCCCUGGAAGAGGGACGCCCGAGAGAAACUGGAGAAGCAGCAGCAGCUUCACAUCGUGGAUCUUCUAGACAAGGAGAUCCAGGAGCUUCAGGCCAAACCUGAACGCACGGCUGAGGAGAACGACCGUCUGCGCAAACUCAUGCUGGAGUGGCAGUUCCAGAAGAGACUGCAGGAGUCCAAGCAGAACGAGGAGGAUGAGGAAGAGGAGGAUGACGAAGAUGUAGACACCACGCUAAUUAUGCAGAGACUGGAGGCUGAGAAGAGAGCACGGCAGACUGCUGUUCCAGCAAUCUCUGUACUAGACUUGCUGCAGGACGAGGAGCGGCGACGGAAACAGCAGUUGGAGGAAAUCCGUAAGCGUGAGGCAGAAGAGCGAGCCAAACAGGAGGAGGAGAGACGCUGGAGAGAGGAGGAGAGAGCCAGACGAGAGGCCGAGGAGAAGAGGAGACAGGAGGAAGAGUACUACACCCGCCUGGAGGCAGAGCGGCGCCGGCAGCACGAGGAAGCCGAGCGCAAGCUGCUGACGCCAGACGAGCCUGGUCUGUACAGACCCCCACUACCCCGGGACUACCAGCCCCCUUCUCCCGCAAGCACCCCCGCCACUAACAACAACAGCGCCCCUCCGCCCCCGCCUCAGAGAAACACCUCCUACCUCAAAACCCAGGUCACCUCCCCUGACACCAUAUACACUGCCAAGUUUGUCUCAUACAAUGACGAGGAGGAGGAGGAGGAGGAGGAGGAGGACGCGGGCCUAACAGGUCAGGUUAAGCUCUCGGCCACCCGGAAGUCCUACGGUGACCUUCCGCCCGCCCCAAAGCCCCAGCCGCCGCCAACCGCGCGCAAGCCCCGUCCCGUCUCAGAUGGCAUCUUUCUGUCCAACUCAUUCCAGCUGCCCACAGCGGCCAAUGCCAACAGUACUGCUCCCAAGACAGGGCAGCCCCCUCUCCCUCCCGCCAAACCCAGCCUCAUCCCAUCGGCCAACUCGAAAGGAUUUAAUUCAUACACUGGAAACACUACAGGACUAGGAUCAGGAGAGAUUUACAAAGACCCGCGAGAGAAGUGGACAAAAGGCGGCCCCGAUCAGGAGAACACAAUAGGAGGAGCUCCAGAAAGCCUGACAUUUAAGGAGCGCCAGAGACUCUUCUCACAGGGAAAGGAAGUAUCGAAUAAAGUCAAAGCGUCCCGGAAGCUCAUGGAACUGGAGAACGAACUGAACAUAAAGCAGUAGCGAAGAGCCCUAGCAGAACUAAUUGCCAAUAUGUGACCCAUCCCUGGAGAAAAAAAAACACAAAACACACCCAGUCAUUUCCAAACCUUCUUUUUGGGUUUCUUUAAAUAACUGGACUAUUAAGUAUCAUUUAGCUGCAAUAAGAGACGAUAUUCCGUAAAUUCCCUUGAAAGAUAUAUUAUAAUAAAGCACUGUAAAUUGUUUUAAUUAUAUUACUAAGAAAACUGAAAUGACAUGGGUAUCUUUUUGUUUGUGAAAUGUUACGCGGAAAAUUACGCAUUCUUUGCUCAUUUAAUUUUUUUAAUAGGCAGUAAUGUGGGAUAUUUUAUGGUGUUGUUUUAUUCUCUUUCUACUUUUUUCUUCUUUUGAAAGUAAGUGCCGAUAUACAGUUGUAGACCAAUGUAAACCGCUCUCAGUACAGAAUAGGGGUCCGCAUUGGUCCCCGAAUAUUAUCGAACAGCUCAACAGUAGCGCGUGAACUAAACUUAUAUAGGAGGCUCACGUUUUUUGUCGCACUCUUUAUUUUAUUUUUCUAGCUGGUUCUUCCGCAUUAAUGGAUACACUGGCACCUUUCCGCCAAUCUCGUGUCCUGCAUUAAAAUGAUUUUGCUCAGAAAACGAGCAACCUUGUUAGCACCAUUUGUGAAUAUCCUUUGAGAAUGUAGUCAUUUUUCUUGAUUAUUUUAAUGCACCGUCUGCAAGUCUGUCAUUCCGUAAAAGCGCUGAGGUUUACCACUUUUAUAAAACGUUUAGGAGUUUUUGCGUUUAAAUGCGAAGUAGCCAGCUGAUGUUGGCAAAGCAAAGUUUGAUGGUAGUAUAAUGUUAAUAAAAAGAGACGAUUUGAAUAAAGAGGUUUUGUUGAAAUGAGAUGCAGGAGAUGCAGUUGAUUAGCAGGUAUUUAU